AUGGCUAUCCUGGGUUGGGCGGACUCCGAGAGGACAGAGAGGAGAGGCUUAUUACAGGGCUAUUCCUGGGCGAGGAAUCGGCGUGAGGACCAGAAGAGGAGAGGCGUAUCACAAGGCUAUCUUCGGCGAUCGAGGAGCUCCGAGAGGACCCAGGAGGAGAGCGCUAUCACAGGCUAUCACUGGCGGAUGGACGUCCGAGAGGAUCAGGAGGAGAGGCUAAUACAGGUUAUCCUGGCGAGAUUCAGGGCAUUUGCGGACCAGAGGAAAGCAGCCCUAUCACAGGCUAUCCUAAGGCGAAGGACUCCGAGAGGCAGAGGCCCUAUACUCACAAGCUACGCUGUGGAGGACUCCAAGAGGAAAUCAGGAUCUGAGGAGAGUGCGUGUCACAUUGGCUAUCCUGGCGAGGACUCCGUGAGGACCAGGAGGAGAGGCUAUCAAGGUUCCCGGCGAGGACUCCGAGAGGACCAGGAGGAGAGGCUUGUCACAGCUUAUCCUGGCGAAGGAAUCCGCUAUCCUGGCGAGGACCCCGAGAGGACCAGGAGGAGAGGCUAUCACAGGCUAAUCCUGGCGAGGACCCCGAGAGGACCAGGAGGAGAGGCUAUCACAGGCUAUCCUGGAGGACUCCGAGAGGACCAGAGGAGAGGCUAUCACAGGCUAUCCUGGCGAGGACCCCGAGAGGACAGGAGGAGAGGCUAUCACAGGCUAUCCUGGCGAGGACCCCGAGAGGACCAGGAGGAGAGGCUAUCACAGGCUAUCCUGGCGAGGACCCCGAGAGGAGAGAGGAGAGGCAUCACAGGCUAUCCUGGCGAGGACCCCGAGAGACCAGGAGGAGAGGCUAUCACAGCUAUCCUGGCGAGGACUCCGAAGGACAGGAGGAGAGGCUAUCACAGGCUAUCCCGGCGAGGACUCCGUGAGGACCAGGAGGAGAGGCUAUCACAGGCUAUCCUGGCGAGGACUCCGAGAGGACCAGGAGGAGGAUCAGAGGCUAUCCUGCGAGGACCUGAGAACCAGGAGGAGAGGCUAUCACAGGUAUCCCCGGCGAGGACCCCGAGGGACCAGGAGGAGAAGGCUAUCACAGGCUAUCCUGGCGAGGACUCCGAGAGGACCAGGAGGAGAGGCUAUCACAGGCUAUCCUGGCGAGGACUUCCGAGAGGACCAGGAGGAGAGGCUAUCACAGGCUAUCCGAGGACUCCGAGAGGACCAGGAGGAGAGGCUAUCACAGGCUAUCCUGGCGAGGACUCCGAGAGGACCAGGAGGAGAGGCUAUCACAGGCUAUCCUGGCGAGGACUCCGAGAGGACCAGGAGGAGAGGCUAUCCGAGGACUCCGAGAGGACCAGGAGGAGAGGCUAUCAGGACUCCGAGAGGACCAGGAGGAGAGGCUAUCACAGGCUAUCCGGCGAGGACUCCGAGAGGACCAGGAGGAGAGGCUAUCACAGGCUAUCCUGGCGAGGACUCCGAGAGGACCAGGAGGAGAGGCUAUCACAGGCUAUCCCGGCAAGGACUCCGAGAGGACCAGGAGGAGAGGCUAUCACAGGCUAUCCCGAGGAGGCUCAAGGACCGGACUCCAGCAGGUCAUAA